GACAAUCAGAUGAAAUAUGAUGAGGAUAUUAUUUUUCUGUGCACUGUUUUCGACGAAAGGAAGCAGCAGCUCAGCUGAACUGAGACAACGUCUCUCUCGCCACGGUGAAUUUAUUCCAAGAAGAAAAUAACAACAGCAGCAGCUCCAAGGGCAAGCAGAUUUUUUCAAUGCAUCGCCAUACCGCCAUGUGGUAAUCUUCUCAGCAUUACCCAAAAGUCAGUGAACAACACUUUGAGCGGCUGACCACAUCAACAGUCUUCCACCUGCACCAGCUGCUCACAUGGCCCACCCAUACGAGCCUUGGCUACGGACAGCAACACCUAGUGGCAGCUCAGAAGACAUGAACAUCCCCUCCUGGUGGGACCUCCACAGGGACGUCCAACCAGGGAGCUGGAUAGACCUGCAGACGGGCCAGGGUGUCGGCUUGCCUUCUGUGAGUCCUGGGAGCUCCAUGGGGUUGCAGUCCGCUAUGGGGCCCUACGGGUCUGACCCGCAGCUGUGCACCUUGUCUCCAGCUCAACACGCUCCAGCCUCGCACUCAUCUCACCUCUUCCCCCAGGAUGGCUUUAAGAUGGAGCCACUGGGCCCGGAAAUGAUGCAGCAAGAACCGUUCUCUUUGGAGGAACCACAGGAGAACGCCGUCUCAGCCCGCCCUAAGCCCCAGCGCCGCUCCUCUGCCAGAGGCGCCGGCCAGGCGGUGUGUCGCUGCCCUAACUGCGUCCAUGCUGAACAGAUGGGCCAGAGCACUGACGACAGCAGGAGGAAGCACAUGCACAACUGCCACAUCCCUGGCUGUGGCAAAGCAUACGCCAAGACCUCCCAUCUGAAGGCCCACCUACGAUGGCACAGCGGGGACCGGCCCUUUGUCUGUAACUGGCUGUUCUGCGGAAAGAGAUUCACACGCUCUGAUGAACUGCAGCGCCACCUGCAGACGCACACUGGCGCUAAGAAGUUCAGCUGUGCAUUAUGUCCUAGAGUGUUUAUGCGCAAUGACCACCUGGUCAAGCACAUGCGCACGCACGAGUCCCCGCCAGGACAUGGGGAGGAUAGGGUAAAUGGAGACGGGAGGAUGGAUAAGGGCUUUGAUGCACCUACACCUCCUCAGUCAUCCUCAAACGUGUCUGCGUCAGACACCACAGAGCCUCCGCUGAAGCUGAAAUGCGAGACAGACCCCUCAGUCUCCAGUGUGACAGGGCAGUCCGGCUAAUUUCAUAACUUUCAGAAGAAUUUAGCAGUUUAAGGUUUCCCUCUCUGUCACAGAGGUGCCAUAGAUUUAUGACAGAAUAGAGAAUAGAAAAAAGGUUUGGACAAACUUUUACUGAUGAAAGUUGGAUGGAACAGAAAGUGUUUGAAAGUCUGUGGUCCUGUGAAUUUAUAAAGUGGACUAACUCAGUGAUAAUCCAAACGUUAUAGCACACAUACAAAAAAAAACAGGAACUGUUUUACUGAUUCUACGGAUAAAACUUUCUUCUGUUUACUUCAAGUGAAGGGUGGCUACGGGGGCAACCAAGCUGAAGCUGCAGCUUGUUGCUGGACUUCCAUCGCUGCUAGAGCCACUAAUACCAGUAGAGCAAGAGACUAGGAUGAGAUCAACUGAAGGUGGCUUAUUAACUUGUUUACAAUGAAAUUUUUGUCUCCAACACAGUUUAAUUUACCAGUUUCAAAGGCAGCAUGCUUUUGAACGGAGAAAGGAGAGAGGGAUGUUUUGUUUUUGUUUCAGACUGUCGUUUACUGUGCAAAUUGUGAUAAGACACUGGAGUAUAAUACAGCAUUUUCUCAAUAUACAAAGAUCAG